CAGGCAGCUGCCCUGGCUUUUUUCUUUUCUUUUCUGCGUAAAGACGCACAUGCUGAGCGAGAUGCUCCAGAUUUGAUGAAAUGUGCAGGAGUUGCACAGUGAGCAUUUUGGCCGAAUGUGAAAUCAUCCGCCCAUCUCUUCUUCUCAAGGAACCAUGGAGACCAAUAAACGCCGCCUAAUCAGCGCGCCGUGCGCCGCGAGCCGUCGCUUAUUCCACAAUCACAGCUCGGUGCGUUUUCAAAGGACUUUCAAAGCGCUCUCCGUCUGCUCCUAAAGACAUGCUUUGUUUUGAUCAGACACCUAUCAUCACCAACGUCUCCCAGUAAUAGUUAGAGAUGCAGAGCCGUGGUGUAGUGAGCGGCUCUGGCCGGCUGUGUGCGCUCAGCUCCUGCGUGCUGCUGCUCUUCAUCCACAUGAGCGCACCGGCGGAGGCGAGGAAAGUGCGCGGCGGUCGGGCGCAAACCCGGCGCAUGCAGCUGCAGCAGAUGCAGAUGCAGCAGAUGCAGAUGCAGCAGCAGCAGCAGGCUCCAGUGCACACGGAGCGGGUGGAGGGACACGAGAGCUUCCCUCUAGACUUCACAGCCGUGGAGAACAACAGGGAUAACUUCAUGGUGCAAAUAAAGAACUUGGCGCAGUCGCUAUAUCCGUGCUCUGCUCAAAAGCUGGACCAGGACAUGAAGCUGCACUUCUUGAAGAAUACAUCUGUGACUUGCAAUGACGGGUCACCUGCAGGGUACUACAUCAAGCAGUCCAAAGGCAGCAGGAGGUGGCUGUUGUUCCUGGAAGGUGGAUGGUACUGCUUCAACAGACAGACCUGCGACAGGAGAUACGACACGAUGAGGAGACUGAUGAGCUCCGCCAAGUGGCCACAAACCAGAAAAGGAUCAGGAAUUCUGUCUCCGCAGCCAGAGGAAAACCCUCACUGGUGGAACGCCAACAUGGUGUUCCUUCCUUACUGCUCCAGCGACGUGUGGAGUGGAGCUACCCCGAACACCAAUCAGAGUGAUUAUGCGUUCAUGGGAUCCCUCAUCAUUAAGGAGGUAGUGAAUGAUCUGCUGACAAAAGGUCUGCACAAUGCCAAGCUUCUUCUUCUGGCGGGCAGCAGCGCGGGCGGUACGGGCGUCCUGCUGAACGUGGACCAUGUUGCAGAGCAGCUGGAGUCGCAGGGCCACAGAGGAGUGCAGGUCAGGGGUCUGGCUGACUCUGGAUGGUUCCUGGACAAUAAACAGUACAAGUUUACUGACUGUCUGGACACCAUCAGCUGCAUCCCCACUGAGGCCAUAAAGAGAGGGAUCCGGUACUGGGGCGGACGGGUGCCAGAAAGCUGCAGACAGGCUCACGUGGGGGAGGAGUGGAACUGUUUUUUCGGAUAUAAAGUCUACUCAACAUUAAAAAGUCCGGUGUUCGUGGUGCAGUGGCUGUUUGACGAGGCUCAGCUGACGGCCGACAACGUCCACCUAACCGGACAGCCGGUGCACGAGGGCCAGUGGAGGUACAUCCAGAACCUGGGGCAGGAGCUGAGGAACACACUCCGCCAAGUACCGGCGAUGUUUGGUCCAGCUUGUAUGUCCCACGAACUCAUUACCAGAACAUACUGGAUGGACAUUAAGGUGAAAGGCACCUCCUUGCCUAGAGCCCUCCACUGCUGGGACCGCAGCCUCCAAGCCAACCUCCACAUCAACGGUAGCCAUGGCAACCACAGCUCCCAAAAGCACAAGACCUCCUCUGUGAGAGGAUGUCCGCUGCAUCUGAUUGACAGCUGCCCGUGGCCACACUGCAAUCCCUCCUGCCCGACCAUCCGAGACCAGCUGACGGGACAAGAGAUGAGCGUGAUCCAGUUCCUGAAGCACAUGGGCUUUGACGUGCAGAAGAUGGCAAAGCAGCAGGGGAUGGACCCCAGGAAGCUGCUGGGCAUGCUAAAUAAUGGAAGCUGAGCUGCAUUUAAAUACAAAACCUCUGUCACUGUGUCAAAAAAACAGUCUGAAUGAGAAACUGAACAUCACAGGAAGACAGGAGGAUAAAGCUCAGAGUGAUGCCCUCUUGCAUUAGUGUAGAGAAACUCAGACAAAAGGAAAGAUUUGCAAGUGCCUUGCCAGAACUUUCAAAAGCUGGGUACAGCAAGUAUAAAUAUAAUAUUUAUAUAGCAUAUACUGUAUAAAGUCAAUUACAGAUGAGAUUAUAAAGAUUGUCAUCUAUAAUAGUCUGAGGUUUUGAUUGGCUGACUGGAAGCAAUGUCCAGUUUGAGUGUCCCAGGAAGUGUGUGUGUGUGUGUGUGUGUGUGUGUGUGUGCGUGCGUGCGUGCGUGCGUGCGUGCGCAUGUGUUGUUUGGGGGGUAAUGUGACGUGUUUCUGUCUUUGUAGAGAAGAAAAAAAAUAUAUACACAACGCAUUAAUCUGUGGUGCUGCUGCCUCUAUACACCAGCAGGUAUGCUGCUUUUUUUUUUUUUAUUGUUGAGUAAGUAACUGGGUACCAAUUACUAAUAAAAUGAUUG